AUGGAUAGCAAUGAGCGCGUUAACGAAAUAAUAGUCGAGGAGACAUCUGCGAGUUGUGAGUACGAGUAUUAUGAGAGAAUGAGAAAUAGUGAGCAGACGAGUAAUAGUGAAAAUGUUGAGAUUAUGUAUGGGAAUAUGGAGAAUGACAUGUACAGUGAUAUAUCAAGGCCGCCUAAGAGAGAUAGGCCUGUAGACGAGGAGGAAAUAUGGACGAACGUCACUAGACGAGGUAAACGGAUGGCUCGGGAGCACCGGGACAUUGAGUCUACUAGGAUUACGAAAGAUAAUAUAGAAGUAAAUAUUACGAGUAAAUCAUCGGAGAAAAUACCGAAACAGUUUAAAUUAGCGAAAAUAUUAAAAGCAGAAAAUAUACAAGAUAUUACGAAAGUUAAAUUUAUUAGUGCAUAUAAGGUUAUAAUACGUUUUAGCAACGAAGACAGUGCAGACAAGUUAAUGGAGUCAAAAUAUUUCCAAGAAAAUGGAUUUAAAUGCCAAAAGACUUUAGAUAUCAAAGAAACGUUUGGAGUGAUAAAAAAUAUUGAUUUAGAUUCAACGGAAGAAGAAAUAUUGGAAAGUUUAAGAUGUGAAAUGGAUAUAAUAGCAGUUAAAAGAUUAAAACGACGAAACAGUGUUAAUGGCCAAUGGGAACCGUCAGAGGUUGUGAGAAUUUGUUUUAAGGGUUCUUCAUUGCCUUCAAAGGAAGGAGACAAAGAGGAAGAAAUUUCGAGUGGACAUAUAAAUAAAGAAACAGACAGUUGUGCUAUAGAAAGGGAGACGACAUAUGCAGAAAUACUAAAGAAGCCAGAAAAAAAGAAACGCUCAAAGUCGAAGAAACCUAUGAAUAGUAAAAAGGCAAACGAUAAAGAUAAAGCAGUACAAGACGAGAGUUUUGAUUUUUUCUCAGAGAGCGAAUCUGACAAUUCUCAAAAAAUAGAGGAAGAAAACGCUAGACAAGACAAGAAUAAAAUUACUAUUCUCAGUGAAACAUGGUUAGUUCCUGAACAUACUUUUAGAAUUAAUGGCUAUAGUAUUUUUAGAGCAGAUCGCAUUGAUGGUUAUGGAGGAACUGCUAUAUUAACUCAUAAGUCCAUAAAGGCAACUUUAUGUAAUCUGACUUCUACAAAUACCGAAAUACAAGCUGUACAUGUAAGACUGCUAAAUUGUGCUGAGAUAGAAAACAUAAUUUCCAUAUACUGCCCAUCAUCAGUGCGCACAUCAAAAAAUGAUUGGGAUUAUUUUUUUUCUUUAUUCAAUCACAAAACGAUAAUAGCAGGAGAUUUUAAUGGGCAUCAUCCUAAUUGGUCAUCCAAAGAAGAUACGAGAGGAAAUCAAAUUUUUGAUUCCAUAUUAGAAAAUAAUUUUAUCACGAUAAAUGAUGGAACAGAUACACGAAUUAAAUUAGUCAAUGGUGUAAUUCAAAAAACUUCUCCUGAUUUGACUAGUGUUAGUACAGAUUUGGCUUUUAAAUUCAAAUGGGAAGUUAUAAACGAAAAUUUAGGCAGUGAUCAUAUGUUAAUUAAAGUAAGUACUGAAAUUGAAUGCCCAAGAAGGUAUACUAAGAGAAGAAAUUACAAAAAGGCAAACUGGCCGUCAUAUAUGAAUAAAAUUGAAUCAGAUCUUGUGAACUUUACUCUUCCUUCAGAUCCGCAAACAGCGUAUAACAAAUUUAUAGGCCUUGUUAAUAUGGCAGCAGAUAAAUACAUACCAAUUGUUAAAGUUUGUGAAAAUCCUCUUCAUCAACAAAAAUUUAAACCAAAGUCGUACUGGGAACCAAACUUAUCACAUACAGUCGCACAGAGACGGCUUGCUUUGGCUUUGUUUAGACGAAACCCAACACCGCAAAAUCUCGAUAAGUUGCAGAAUAAAAUAAGUAUAGCUCAGAGAGAUAUACGGCGGAGUAGUUGCAAAUCGUUUCAAGAAUUUUGUAGUAAAGUCGACAAUGUAACAAAUGCAGUUGAUAUGUGGGCACAAAUGAAGUGGGUUAAAGAUAAUUUACAACGUGCACAAGUUAGAACUGGAACUGGUAGACUGGUUCAGAGUCACUUUAGUGGUUAUUUUGUAUGGAUGGCAGGUUUGAAA